AUGGUACAUCUUGCGAAAAAGUCUGUGACCCCAACAGUAGUUACUUCCGGGUCACACUUGCCAACUCGCCAACAGAGGGCACCCCACAUAUCACAUGACAUAGUGAAUGCGUACGCGCUGUGGCUGGGAGUGAAGAUGGCGGAUGGAAGUGUAGAUGCAGAGCCCGACUGGAGGGAUCGGCCAAAUCACACAGCCGAAGACACUCUCCUUUCUAUGGAAAGCUUGCAGGCUACUCUGCAGCAGCUGGAGGCCGAGCUUCAAGUUCAGGACAUUUCAGAAACCUCUUCCAGCGAAUAUUGUAACAACUUCUGUCAGGCACUGAUGCAUUAUGCUGGGAGCAGGAACUCAGUGGAACAUGGCCUAUCCCUGCUGGAGGCCUACUGUCUGUCCAUCAACUGCUUUGCUGCUGCAAGGCCACACCUUACGGCCAACUCUGACAGUGUUGCACUGGUGCUGAAGAGACUUGCCUUGAGUUGCUUUGAAUUGCUGCUAUCUGUGCCUAGUAAUGAAAUACCAUUUGAUGCCUGGGUGCAGUUCCACCGUUCUGUUCAGGCAGCUCAUGAUGCCUUAUUGCAGUAUGGAAGUACAGACUUGCAAGCUUUACUCCAGAUCACAGGGGAAGGUGGAGCCUGGAGCAACUCUGUCCUGGUUGACCUUCUUACUGGCCAGUCCACAGAUCCAGAGGAGGUCAACGCCUACAUUGCCAUGGAGGGUGAGGGCUUCAUGGAGAUGCGGAUCAAACACUUGGAAAAAGUAGGAGAGGUGGAGAAAGCUUUGGUGUUAACCAAAGCCUGUGCCAACUGCAGUCUUAUCCCCAAUCAGGCCAGCUUUCGUCAAACAUUUGUCUAUCAGCUCUGCCAGCUGCUGCCAAGUGAAGAAGCCAUCAUGGAGAUCUCCAGACUAGAUGGCAAAGAUGUUCUUGACAUUAUAUGUAAUAUGGAAACUGAGGGGGAUGAGAACACUGCUUUCAUCCUUUGCACCACCUACCUUACCCAGCAACUGCAGCAAGAGAAUCUGUGCUGUUCCUGGGAACUUACAUUUUUGUGGAGCAAGCUGCACAGAAGGAUUGACAUGUCAAUUGAAUCAUUCCUUGAACGUUGCCUUCAACUUGGAGCCAUUGCCAAGACUGUUUAUCAUCUACUGUUCCUUAUUCGAGUCAUCCAGACUGAGACAAUGCAGUUUGGUCUGGGAGUUUCAGUGGAGCUGUGUGUGAAAGCUCUCCAGCUUCCAAGACAAGAGGACAUAGAGACCAGAACAACAGUUUGUAAAACUGUUGCUUGUCUCCUACCUGAAGAUUUGGAAAUGUUACGGGCCUGCCAAUUAACUGAAUUCCUCUUGGAACCUUCUCAGGAGGCGUUCAAUGUGCUAGAGGAGCUCUACAGGCGUCCUGAUCAGAAAUAUGAUGAAGAAAAUGCCAUCAUCCCCAAUUCCUUACGCUGUGAGCUGCUCCUUGCUCUCAAAGCCCACUGGCCAUUUGAUCCCGAGUUCUGGGACUGGAAAACACUGAAGCAUCACUGCAUUCGACUACUAGGCUUAGAGACUGAGGAAGAAGAGGAGGAAGUUCCAGAGGAGACCAGCUGUGUACUGGCAGCAAUGAAUGAGGAGGCCCAAGAUAGUGCGGAGAAUGAGCAGGAAUUGAAAAGUGAGUCCAGGAGGUCAAAGUGCAGUCAUGCUGAUCAGGAGGGUAAACGAAAUGAGGAGAUCAGUACAGGGAGGGAUUCAAAAGUUUCUCCAAAGAAAAAGUCUGGGUCUUCUGAGAGGAACAUACGGUGGCAGAAGUACAAGGUCUUCUGUCAUAUAUGCCAGAAGGAGGUGAUUGAGGCACGAAUUUUCCAUCACUCCAGAAAACAUGUAGAGAAUGGAGUGUGGACCUGCCCUGUGUGUCUCGAAAAGUUUCAAAGCAAAAAGGAAUUCACGCCACAUUUUAGCAGUCAUUUACAAAUGCCUGCAAAAGAACGCCCUCAGAAAAAGAAAAAAGUGAAAAAGAAGAGUAAAUUGAAAAAAGAGAUGGAUGAGGAUGACUUUGAUGACUUAGAGCCUGGUCAAAUUGCUUUGGACCCCUCUGUGCUAAUGUAUUACCAGUCCACUCACGACCCUGAUGUGUUGGAACACAUUUUGGAGCAGGCUGCCGCUGUACCUCAGAGGCAGGCAGAUGAUGAUUACAUCACAUUUGAUUACAUCAGUACUUACUUUGAGUUCCAGAACCGUGAGGUGUAUCCAUGUCCGGCAACGAAUUGCUCUAAGAACUUUAAGCUUUUCAAGUACUUGAGUGUUCAUCUGAAGGCAGAGCAUGAUAAAAAGGACCAAAAUGUCAAACAUUAUUUGGAGAUGAAGGACCGACGACAAAAAUGUACGUUCUGUCGGCGACACUUUAUGACUGCCUAUCAUCACCGGAAGCACAGGCGUGUGCAUUAUGGGGACUCCCCUUAUAUGUGUGUGGUUACUGGUUGUGGUGCUCGGUUUAGCACUACCAAUGAGCUUGUAGCCCAUAAACAAAACCAUGGUUUUCAAGUGAGCUACCAAUGUGAGCUGAAAGGCUGUUCUCUUUCUUUUUGUGACUUAGGUCAGCUCUACCACCAUGAGGCUCAGCAUUUUCGUGAUGCUGCUUACACCUGCACCAGCCCUGGUUGCAAGAAGUUUUACUAUUCUCGUAAAGAAUUCCUGAAGCACUUAGCCACCCAUGGCAUCACAUUCACUGAGGAAGACUUUGAGACACAAAGGAGGAAGAAAAAGAAACCUGUAGAUCCUGUUGUAGAGGAGGUUGCUAGCUCUAAAGAUGCUAGUGGGACUAAGACCAUAUUAGAGGAAGUAGUAAAUGGUGUACAAAAAAAUCUUUCAUUGUCUUCCCCUCAGAAUUUAGACUGCAAGGAAUAUAAGGGGUCACUGACCUGUGUUGCUGUGUGCUUUGAUGGAAAAAAGUUUACCUGUGGCUUUGAAAAAUGCAGAAGAACUUUCACCAAAGCCAGAGACAUUCAAAAGCACCUUAAAUUUGUCCACCCAGAAGAAGUAAAAGUAGAGAAAAGGGGGCAUAAACAAAAGAAAAAAGACAAACGCUCAAAGUCUAAAGCCAUUAAAAUGCUUAAAAACAGUGAGGGCAAGAAUUUAGAUGGUCCAUCAACAAAAAUGUCUAACCAUGAAAAAAAUUCAUCCACCGCUGUAGAGUCUGCUCGUCGUAAUACAACUGCCCCUUUAAACCAAGAACUGAAUGACACAUUAAGAGAUGUAUUACUUGCACUUAGUCAGCUGAGCCUUAAUUCUUCCAGCUCCAGAAAUGUUCCUCACGAUCCGUGUCACUCCGCCCUCGCAUCUAAAAUGCCCCAGGUAUCAUGUCACUCUGCUUUGAAUGCCAGCGCACCCUCUAGUGCUUCACUCAAGAAAGAGUCAAAAUCUCAUCUGACAGUAGUUGAUGCAAAAAAGCUGCCACAAAAAUCAGAGCUAUCCUAUGCCAUUGGGGAGCUUAAAGAUGCCGUCUCUGACAAAGAUCAGUCAAUUAGCAACUUCCAUAUUCAGUCCACAACCAAGCCUUAUACGUGUGACAUCAAAGACUGCUGCUAUCAGAGUGUCACCAGCAAUGCUCUGAAGCACCACUAUUUGAGGAAGCAUGACUUCUCCAAGGAUGACUUAAAAAGGAUGGAAAUUUUUAAACCACAUACAUUUAAGCCUUUUAGAUGCCACCUAUGCCCUAAGAGCUACAAACACAAGCGGGAGUUGAUAGCCCACUACAUACAGGUCCAUAAUCUCAGUGAGGCUGUGGUUGAACAAAUGAGGUGCUCUAUGAAAAAGAAAGAAGAUGGUAAAUCACCAUUGUCUUCUAAGUUCAAAUUGAGCCUUAAACAAACAAACUCAUCAUUGUUGAAAAAAGAGACUGGCAAAGUGCAGAAAAGGCAUGUUCCCACUUGGCAACAGAGAUGUCAGAAAAAAAGAGGUGCCUUGUGGAUGUCUAAGAUAGAAUGGGAAAGUGCCAUUAAAACUGAAAAGAAAAGCAAAAGAAUUACAGACCCACCACUGCAAGGGGGCAAUUUUGAAGGGAAAACUGAAGAGGGAGCAGCACGAGAGGGAAGGGUCAGCAGACGCUUGGUAGCAAAAGGGAACCUUUGUUAUAUUUUAACCAAUUACCAUAAGCCCUUUCGAUGUGUGCACAAAGACUGCAACUCUGCAUUCACCAGUCAGAGUGGGUUGGUGCGUCAUCUUCAAUCUGUGCACCACUACAAGCGCUCUCAGCUGUGUCUUGAGGGCGAUAAAGAUUUGGGAAAAAGUGUUGAGAUCAAAGAAGACUCUACAAAACCUAGGCGUUUUUCUUGUAAGCACAUUGGGUGUGGAAAAGGCUUCUACCACUAUUCCAGUCUAGCAAGGCACAAUCGGACAACGCAUAACAUUGGUAGAAAGCUGCAGUCUUCAGGUGCAUCUGACACAACAAAGCAUGAGAACAUUAAGCAAAGAAAAUCGCUGCCACUAGAGGAGCCAAUACCAAGAUUUAAGUGCACGUAUGCCAACUGCAAUGCCUCCUAUCACUUAAAUAGCAGCCUGUUGCGUCACACUCAUCAGGUGCACCGUGAUCAGACGCCCCAAAAGCCCCCAUCCCCCCCAGUGCACUGCAAAUCUGAGGGGUGUAAACGUGUGUUCUCCCAAAAUUCAAGGUACAGAAAACACGUUUACUACCAGCAUUGCAACUAUGAUUCUCUUGUAGUACAUCUCCAAAGUGCUCACAAGAAAGAUAAGUCAGAUAGUGGAUGCCAAAAGAAGCUGAUUGUCAAACCCUCCUCCCAGUCUUUGAAAGAUGUACCCAAACUACCUCUCAGACAGUCCAUGAGACAUUGCCCUAAACCUGAAGAUGCUAGUGAAGUUGAGGAGAAUGUGGAACAAAUUGAAGAAAUGCCAGAGGAUGAACCAGAGGAAGAGCCUGUUAAAUCAUCUAAAUCAAAAAAAAGAGGAGAACUUGUUUUUCGAACACAUGAAGAGGCUCUGCAGAUGUGCCAGGAUCGCUCCCUACCUGCAGCUUACCCCUGUAUGGUACAGAACUGUGAUUCAGUAGUCAAAUUCAUGAGCAGUUUACGUCGUCACUACAUUCAGUGCCACAAGAUGUCACAUCACCAGGUCGCUAUAAAUCAGGUGAAAUUAUUUUAUACUGUCGAGCAGCUAGAGGAGCUAAUACAAAAGAAAUCAGCACUGUCAGCUUUACCUGAUCUUGCCAGGUCACCAAAUGGUGUUCUCAAAAUGGAGUAUCAAGAAGAGCCUGAGGCCCCAGGGGGGCCAUCUCUAGCUAUGAGCCUUCACUCAAUCAAAACAGACCAACUACCAGGGCAGGACUUACUGGCAUUCUCAGAGGACACGCCUACUGAUAGUAGCAUAUUAGUAGGUGCCGAUGAUUUGCUUUAUGGGGAAUCUAGUGGGCAUACAGAGCAACUACCUGAUGAAAGAUGUCAGAACCAGGAGGAUAAGCUAGACUUACAGUGCCCUACCCCUCCCCUUGUGCCUCCACCACCUCUUGAUCUCUCUCCACCUUCAACACUCAGAUUUACAGUUGAUGACAAUUUGGUGGACUCUUUAUGCAAAGAUGGCUGUGGCAAAUCAAUGAAUGUCCCAACUGCUAUUUCUAUAUCAGUACCCCUUACACCAGUUCCUGCUCGCCAGCCUCUUAAACGGAAAAAUGAGCUCUCUGAGCCACCACCCGCCUCUCCACCUACACCAACUGCAAAAGAAGCUGCAGAGCACAGUGCGACUGCACGCACGUUUGACCUGACGACUUACAAGCCUAUGGGCUUUGAGUCAUCAUUUUUGAAAUUCAUCCAGGAAAAAGAAAAAGAAGACAGUAAUCCUUGGGUAACAGUGAGCCAGAGCACCUGCCAUAGGCCUGACCCUCCCCGUCGUCGUGAUUCCCACAGGCGGAACUGCUCUGUCAAGGAAAACAGCCAGAGAGGACCGACCAUUACCCGCAGCCGGCGGUCUCGAUCUUCGCCACUUAAGCCCUUGCUCUCCACAGGGGAAUACACAUCUAUCCGAAAUCUGCACUUCAUCUUGGAAAGGGCUCUGAGGGGCUGUGGUGACCAAGCCAUCAAGCAACUUCAGUACCUCAAGCCUGUCGUGGUUCUAGAGAGGUCUAAGUUCUCUGCUUCCCUGCUCAAUCUCUUCCCCUCAGAAACAAAAGUAUAA